AUGUCUGAAAUUAAUUCUGGACAACUUGUCAGAAUGCAAAAUGUAGAAAACAGUGCUUUAACAAUUUCUGUUUCGGGUGAUAAUGGUGGAGCUUUAAUACCAACUAUUAGACGAACUUCUGGUCUUCAAGCACCUAUUAUGCUGUUGGUUGGGCAUCAGGGAGAAAUUUUUACUGUAAGAUUUAAUCCAUCUGGACAGUAUGUUGCCUCGGGAUCAUUUGAUAGAACUAUAUUGUUAUGGAAUACAUAUGGUGAUUGUUUAAAUUAUGGUUUAUUAAAAGGACAUAGUGGUGCGAUCAUGGAACUACAAUGGUCUCGUGAUUCUAGUAAAAUUUUUUCAUGCUCAACAGAUAAAACCGUUGGCGUUUGGGAUGUUCCAAUGGGUUUAAGAAUUAAAAAAUUCAAAGGACAUUCAUUAUUUGUUAAUAGUGUAUCUUCUACACGUAGAGGAAAUGAAAUUUUGGCUAGUGGAAGUGAUGAUGGAUCAAUCAAGAUAUGGGACCUUCGUCAGAAAGAUGCAGCUGAGACAUUUAUUCAACCAUACCAAAUUACUUCUACUUGCUUUAGUGAAGUAUGGGAUGUACGCAAAAAAGAAAUCUCUUAUGUUCUUAAAGGUCAUCAAGAUACUAUAACAGGCUUAAGGUUAAGCAAUGAUGGCUCAUAUCUAUUGUCUAAUGCAAUGGACAACACAGGUGCUCCUCAUGGAUUCGAGAAGAAUCUAAUCAGACCAGCAUGGUCUUCUGACGAUUCACAGAUAGCUUCUGGUGGUGGUGAUAGAACAGUUGUUAUUUGGGAUGUAUCAAAUGGUAGAAUCUUAUAUAAAUUGCCUGGACAUAAAGGUUCAGUUAACGAGGUUGAUUUUCAUCCUAAGGAACCCAUCAUGACAACACGAAAGAUUCAAAAGUUAGGAAUUCCUUUCUUUAAACACGAAAAAGAUAUAUUACCAGGUCAAAACGAAAUUAUUAUAACUAUGGGUCGUAAAGAAUUCAUAGAAGAUGUGAAAAAACUUAAGGAACAUUUUCGAAGUUUAAAUCAAAGAAGUGCAUCUUUAGUAAAAGAUUUUGACUUUCAAGAUCCAGAAUUAAGUUUUAAAUUUGAAUACAAACGUGGAAAAUCGUUCACGGUACAGAUCUUCGUGAACGAUGGAAGUGAAGAAGAUGCAAAUUCUGCGGCCAAAUGUUUAUCAAAUGUUUGUGUUGAUAACAAAUCUGUGUGUGAAAUUGUAGCGACAAUAGUUCCAAAACUAUGUGAUCAUUUCAAGAUUGCACUUCCAAGAGAUUUGUCAAUGAGUUCAUUAAAAAAAUUCUGUCGACUUCCUAGUAUUUCUUCGACAGAUUUACGAAAACCUAUCCCACAACCAUUAACCUUGGUUAAUCCUAGAGAAGAAUCUUCUGGAAAAGCCUCAAAAUCAAUAGCUCAGACUCCUUUAUUGUUAUUGAAUAGGGAUAUGUCAGAAGUUAGACAUUUCAAGUACAAUGCUGAAUUACUUUGUGCUGAUGAAAUGGGAUUUAAAAUAGCUGUAUCAAUGCCAGUCUCACGACUUGGACUUAGUCUAGAAGCUUGUGAUGCAUGGAAUUUAGAUCCAGAUAGAUUUAUAGUUUGCACAAUGCAAUUUUCACCUAGUUAUAUUGAUUUACAAGGUGUUAUUUCUAAUGCCUGUCAGACUAAAGCCUACUUAAUUAAGGAAGCUGGCUUAAGUGGUGGUUAUAAUACAAUAAAAGAAUCUUUGAAGAAACAAUUUCCUGUUAACUUUGCAGUAAUGACAUCAUCUUUGCCAAGGGGAAUGCCUAGUCAAUCACACCAUAAAGACGAGAAUUUAGAAAACGAUCAUUUUAUUUUGUCGUGGACUUUAACAGAACUUUUGGGUGAUAAAUUUUUUGAUAUGCUGUGUGAUCGUAUAUGGUUUGGAAUUGGUUGGUCAGGUGCAGAAUAUGCUGAUCUUAUAAGAAAAAGAGAACUGGUCUCUUCCUUUCUUAAUGAUGAAAAAUCAAUAUAUGAUGGACAAAUAGAUGAUUGUCUAACUCAGGAUGAACAAUCACACACUGUGCUUUAUUAUCUUGAAUCAGAAAAGAUGGAAUCAUCUAGUGCUUCUAGGAAUCAAAAUUUUCUUUUACUAUUAUUACAAUUCCUUCGUCGAAGGAUUUUGCUUUCAACGAGAUAUUGUCUUACUUGCCAUUACCCUCACACGGAAUCUGUGUCAUCAAUACGACCUUUUGUUUGCGGCAGUGCGUUGUGUCAACAUCAAGCUUUAGUGGGAUUAGGAAAUCUUUUCGAAUACGAUUUGAUCAAUAGUCCUGUUGUUGUUGAUUUAUUGAUAUCGUUGUGUCAUAUAGCAAUUUCUUUAUCAAAUCUUAAUCCUUGUCCAUCUAAGGCAAUUGGGGUCACCAUAUCAUCAAAACACACUGUUCAAAACUCUUUAAUAGUAAGUUGGGAUGCAAACCAAGGAACCAUUGGUAUUCCAACCGAAAAGGGAUAUAGAGUUUCUGGAUGGAAAACUUUUGAGGGUGAAGUCUGUGUUAAUGAUUUGUUGGAGGUUUAUCAUCCAGAAAAUGAACAACCUUUCACUGUUAAUCGUUGCAGUCCAACAACAACCGUGCGUGUUCUAGAGGUUGCAACAAAUUUUAUAAUUACCGACUUUCCCAUAAUUGUACCAAAAACAUCUGUUCCUACUAGACAUGUUUACUUACCAUUCCGGGUAUAUCGUCGAGAAGAAAAAAAUUUUUUAAAUUAUGACGACACACCAAAUUAUAAACUUUUAAAACACGUUAUCGCUCUAUUUCCUUCUGUACGUGUAAUGGUAGAGUAUGCCAAAAAAAAGACUCUAAAAUCCGAACUUGAUAAAUUAGAUCCUUUAUUAUUUCCUUUGUUAUCAUGGAUAAUCUCUUCGAAUAGGACACAUUUACGUUUAUUGGAAUCUGAAGAUGAAAAGGUUCAAUUAAAUGAUACUAAUCCAACAAAUGGCAACUGGAAACAAUUUGUCAUGAUAAUGAGUUCACCUGAGAAAGAACAGACCUUCCAAAAUGAAAAGAAAAAACUAGGAAUUGAAAGAGGGGGCCAAUCUUCAGGUGAAUUGUAUGCUUUUCAUGGUUCACCGAUCCAAAAUUGGCAUUCAAUUAUUCGAACGUCAUUAAACACAAAGAAAGUUUCUCAUGGUCGAGUUUACGGUGAUGGUAUUUAUCAUUCACUUCAAGCUGCAACUUCUACGUCAUAUACUGGAGCUUCUCACCACAGGUUCGAUACUUAUAAUUGGAAAAACUCCAUGUUAAAUGUGAUAAAGUGUAUGGCAUUGUGUGAAAUUAUCAAUAGGCCAACAGAGUUUACAAGUACACAUCCACAUUUGGUUGUUAGAGAUGAAUCAUGGGUUACUACAAGAUAUCUUUUUGUUGAAUGUCGCCAAGAACCGAUAGAGAUUUUAAGUGAAGAUCCUAGUCAUGAUUGGUCAAUAAGUUCUAAUCAAAAUAACCAAUCUUAUUAUAAAUUGCAACCAUCAAUUACGUUAAAUCGCAGUCCAAAAAACAAUGUUGUCGUAUACAUAACUUUAGACCCGAAAUACACUCCCAUAUGGCUUAAUGGUCAACAACUAAAAAUCCCAAAAUGUGAUUUCUCAAUUAUUAGCAAUGAUUUACCUAUAAACGGAUCACAUAAUGUUGGAGAAUUCUUUUAUAAUCCAAUAGAGCAUCAAAAAUUGAUUUCUGAUACUUCUUUAAAUUCAACGAACAAAGGAUCGAUAUUUGAUGAUAAUAUUGACGAGGAAGAUGAAUUUAAUGAAGAUUAUACAGAAGAUUCCGAGAUGAAUGAACUAGAUGAUAGCGAUGACCAAAGUAAUUCAGAUUUUGAUGGGUUUGAAGAUGAUGAACUCGAUUUUGGAGAUGACGACAAUGGCAAUGAAGGUGGUAAAAAGAGGAAAAAAGAGGAAGAAGAAUAUUCAAAUAGUUUUGAUCCAACAUUAUUGCCACUUCCUGAGUGCUCUUCAAAAGCAGCAACGCAAAGAAUAUGUCGUGAAUUAAAAUCAAUUAUACAAAGACAAAAUGGCGAUUCAAAUGAUUCAAAUGAUUAUUUGGGAUUCUUUAUUAAUGUUGACUUAAUACAAUCAGUUUAUCAAUGGGUUGUACAACUUAAAGAUUUCGACCGAAAUUUACCAUUAGCUCAAGACAUGGUUAGAAAUAAAAUUAACACUAUUGAUCUUGAGGUUAGAUUUGCACCAGAUUAUCCAUUCGUACCACCAUAUAUACGUGUCAUAAGACCAAGACUUUUAAGAUUUGCCGAUGGCGGUGGCGGUCAUGUAACUGCUGGAGGAUCUAUUUGUAUGGAUCUUUUGACACUUGGUAAUCAACACGAAAGUGGCUGGUCAUCUGUAUACACAAUGGAGGCUGUUUUACUACAAGUUAAAAUGGCAUUGAGCUCAUUAGAACCAAGACCUGCUAGACUUGAUCGUCAGUGGUAUACUGAGUAUAGUCCUGCUGAGGCAAUUGAGUCAUAUAUCAGGGUAGCCAAUCAACACAACUGGUCUGUCCCGCCACAUUGGGCAGCGUUAUUUGGUCGUUAA